AUGGCGCCGUUACCAGAUUUCAGCAACCGGGACAGGUUCCCGACCUUUACUACGAUCCCGGAAGCAGGCGCACCAGUCAAGGACGACGGCCAGCAGCAGCAGCAGCAGCAGGAGGAGGAGGAGGAGGAGGCGGAGUGGUACCUCCUAGCGCACAUCAAAAACGACAUGACGAUAGCCAAGCCGACGCUGGUGGUAGAGGACCGGGACGGGUCGCCGUUCGCCGUCGUGUUCGAGGGCUACGGGCGCGACGACCUGGACCUCAAGGCGCGCGGGCUCAAGAAGGGCAACACCAUCGUCCUGCCGCGGGCCCGGCGCGUGCCGCCCGCCGACGAGACCAAGCGCGGCUUCGUCAGGGUCGACAGGGCCGACGCCCACGCCGUCAAGGCCGUCCCCGGCGCGCUGGAAAGGGUGCUGGCGCUCGCGGGCGUCGAGGAGGAUGCUACCGUCUGCUCGGCGUGCGGCGGCAAGGGGGAGGCCGGUGGUGGGUUGAGCAGUCAACAGUCUGACACGAGAAACGACAAAUCAACAUCACAAAUGGACGAAACCCGUCUCAUCAAAGCCGCGAAGCGGGCUGCACAGAGAGCCAGCGUAGGCAAAACGCUUAUACCACUCAAGCAAACGCCACAAUAUGUUACCCAAGACACAAAUCCCAAUGGCGGGCGCAAGCACGGCCAUUAUGCACAGCAGGAUCCAGACGUGCAAGAAGACUUCAAGGAAGAUGAGUCUCUUUCUGGCAUCCAGCCCUCGGCAGACAUGAGCUGGGAAGACUUGCGUCAACGGUGGGGGUCAUGGAGCCUACCUGAGCAGCCGAUGAAAGACUUGUAUAGGUCUGGCUUGCACCGCGUCACCCAAACGGUCACAACCAGAGAUGGUGCCAAAAUCAAAAUCAGGAUCACCCGGCGACUGUCCGAGUCCGACGGUGGCUACUAUGGCCAACAUGUGAGCCCAGACAUUGCCCCUGGAUCAACACCAGAGUCGGAAUCGACCAUGUCGACUCCCGGCCAGGUGGUGACGGGCAACACUGACCCCAAGUUGCUUGUUCUGCGCUUUUGCACCGUUGGCUGGGUAGGUCACGUUGACCUCGAAGCGUCAAAUACCGGUGACGAGAUGGUUCUCGAUACAGAUGCUGUACUUGUUGACGUAUACCCCAGAUUAGCACCGGAGUACGCUUUCCCACACGCUCUCAACGAUUGUUAUGAUACUUUAAUCUGGUGCCAGACACAAGCUCAAGGGCUUGGCAUAGACCGGGACAGGAUUGUCCUCCUCGGAGCCGACGCUGGCGCGAACCUGGCUGCAUGUGUCGCCCUCAAGGCGCAGGACAAGGGCGUUGCUGGCAUUGCUGCCCAGAUCCUCGAGUUUCCUCUGCUCUGCCACCCCAAGUUUUACCACAAAGCGAGGUCAUUCCGCCAGGAGAUCACAAGCCCAGCGCAGUGUGGAACCCAGAAGAGCCAGCUGCCAUUGAACGUUUUGGAGCUGUACUGGGACAGCUAUGUGCCCGAUGCCGAGGUCGAUACAUACCACUCGCCUUUGCUGGCAGAACAGCUCAGCCUCCUUCCUCCUACAUUCAUCCAAAUCGCCGGCUUCGAUGCCGUUCGAGACGAGGCAAUUGCCUACGCCAACAGACUCAGGGAGGCAUGCGUCACGGUCGAGCAAUACAUCUACCCUGGCCUUCCCCACAUGUUUCCGUGGCGGGAUCCGUCAAAAUGCGGCGAGUUUUUGGAAAAGCGGCACGACUACAUCAAAAGGGUCACUGCUUGUAAGGGGGUUUUUGCGAAGCGGCGACUAAUCGACGCCAUUCAUCUUCUGCUCUCGUAUCAACAUCUUUACCUCCGCCAGCCCCUCAUCACCAUCGACAAUAUCUGCAGCCGCCUCAUCAGACACGCCCGCCGCCUUGCAGGCCAGCAUCAAAGUCUCCCUGCUGCUGGGACUGCACCCGUUCUCAAAAUAGCUUUCAUAGACGCUGUCGACGAACGUCGCCGGCUCGAAAGCUCCCCCGCCCUGCGCAGAAUUCUGCUGCUGCAGACAGUGCAGCACGCGGUGCGCCUCGAGCGUGUUGGCCACCACGCCCGCCGACAGCGACUUGAACGCGAUCCCAUCCUCGGCGCCCAGGGCGGCCAUCUUUUCCGCAAACGUGGCGGUGGCCUCCUCCGAGCCGCCGUGGGGCUGCUCGCUCAGCCAGCGCCGCUUGUCGCGCUCCUCGCCGGCUGGGAAGGCCGGCUGCAGCUGGUACGGCAGGAAGCUGAGGGUGAAAACUACGGCGCCACUGUCUGGCGAGGGCGGGUGCUGCUGCCGGUACUGCGAUAG